UCCGAGGUGUUACGCAUGCGCAAAGGUGGCGUGCCGAAGGUGGGAUGAGAAUUGGCCUGGGGAUUGGUCCCCCCUCGGGAGCCACCAGCCGGUGGGCAUUAAGCCAAGGCUGCGAGAGCCUCGGGGUUCACUUGGCGCUUUGCUUUGAGAUGCAGGGAGGACUUCAUCGCCAUUCCUGUCCCAAGCCCCUGAAACAGACCUGGACUAAUCCCCCACCUUGGAAUCUCCUCUCAGCCUCUAAGCUCACCUGGUCAGAAUCCUUGGAUGAGCCUGUGGGACCCUUCCUCCUAGCCCUGUGGUUUGGAACCAGUGGCUUUGGGACUGUAAGAGGAUGGAAAAAGAUUCUCAGGGGCUGCUAGAUUCAUCCCUGAUGGCAUCAGGCACUGCCAGCCGCUCAGAGGAUGAGGAGUCACUGGCAGGGCAGAAGCGGGCCUCUUCCCAGGCCUUGGGCACCAUCCCUAAACGGAGAAGCUCCUCCAGGUUCAUCAAGAGGAAGAAGUUUGAUGAUGAGCUGGUGGAGAGCAGCCUGGCUAAGUCCUCUACCCGGGCAAAGGGGGCCAGUGGGGUGGAGCCAGGGCGCUGUUCAGGGAGUGAACCAUCUUCCAGUGAGAAGAAGAAGGUGUCCAAGGCCCCCAGCACUCCUGUACCACCCAGCCCAGCCCCAGCUCCCGGACUCACCAAGCGUGUAAAGAAGAGCAAACAGCCACUUCAGGUGACCAAGGAUUUGGGCCGCUGGAAGCCUGCAGAUGACCUCCUACUCAUCAAUGCCGUGUUGCAGACCAACGACCUGACAUCCGUCCACCUGGGCGUGAAGUUCAGCUGCCGCUUCACCCUUCGGGAAGUCCAGGAGCGCUGGUACGCCCUGCUCUACGAUCCUGUCAUCUCCAAGCUGGCCUGCCAGGCCAUGAGACAGCUGCACCCAGAGGCCAUUGCUGCCAUCCAGAGCAAGGCCCUGUUUAGCAAGGCUGAGGAACAGCUGCUGAGCAAAGUGGGAUCGACCAGCCAGCCGACCCUGGAGACCUUCCAGGACCUGCUGCACAGACACCCCGAUGCCUUCUACCUGGCCCGAACUGCCAAGGCUCUGCAGGCCCACUGGCAGCUCAUGAAGCAGUAUUACCUGCUGGAGGACCAGACAGUGCAGCCGCUGCCCAAGGGGGACCAAGUGCUGAACUUCUCUGACGCAGAGGACCUGAUUGAUGACAGUAAGCUCAAGGACAUGCGAGAUGAAGUCCUGGAACAUGAGCUGACAGUGGCUGACCGGCGCCAGAAACGAGAGAUUCGGCAGCUGGAACAGGAAUUGCAUAAGUGGCAGGUGCUAGUAGACAGCAUCACAGGCAUGAGCUCUCCGGACUUCGACAACCAGACGCUGGCAGUGCUGCGGGGCCGCAUGGUGCGGUACCUGAUGCGCUCACGAGAGAUCACCCUGGGCAGAGCAACCAAGGACAACCAGAUUGAUGUGGAUCUGUCUCUGGAGGGUCCAGCCUGGAAGAUCUCCCGGAAGCAAGGUGUCAUCAAGUUGAAAAACAACGGGGAUUUCUUCAUUGCCAAUGAGGGCCGGCGGCCCAUCUACAUUGAUGGACGACCUGUGCUAUGUGGCUCCAAGUGGCGCCUCAGCAACAACUCUGUGGUGGAGAUUGCCAGCCUGAGAUUUGUCUUCCUCAUCAACCAGGACCUCAUUGCCCUUAUCCGGGCCGAGGCUGCCAAGAUCACGCCACAGUGAGGAGUGGUGGCAGGACCAUGGGCUCUCUCCAGCCUCAGUUUCCCCUGCCAUUCCAGCCCUCUGGAGCUGGGAACUCAGGCUCCUGGAAAAACCAGAGUGGGCAGCAGGAGACCCAACUGCUGGCCCAUUGAUCUGAGCCUCUGCGGGAGGGUGGGGCUGGCCCUUGGGAAGUCCCUGAGGCUGGGACCCUCCGGCUUCCUUAGAGCCAGAGCCCCUCCCCCUCUCCUCUCUGCAGACCACCCUCCCCUCUUGCCCAGAGUCCCACCUUCACCCCAUGUCUCCAGCUGAUUAGCUUCAGAUUUUCCCUUUAUUAUUUUUUUUUGUAAAUAAAAAGCACUGAGUUCCAAA